AUGCUUCAUGAUCACCCGGCCAAUAUGGAUUCCAAUCUUAGUCUUAAAUCAUUGCUCUCACUCAUUACACUCCUCAUCUUCAUCCACACGCCUGCAAAUUUCUGUCUUGAUGUGUAUGUGAGGUGUGGUGAGGCAUUCAGCUGCGCCAAUAUUGAAAACAUAGGCUACCCUUUCUGGGGAGGGAGCCGGCCGGUCUACUGCGGCCAUCCAAGCUUUGAGCUGGACUGCAGUAAAGACUUGCCGGAAAUCACAAUCCAAUCGGUGAAAUACAGAGUUGUUAAUACCAGCAACCGGCCGGCGCAGACGGCCACUAUUGCCCGAGAUGAUCUGUUAAGCAAUAUUAAUACUGUCACUCAAGGAGCUUUUGAGGCUUUAGGUAAUGCUUCCCUUGUUUCUGAGGACCUUCUAAGAACAUCUGCGGGUGGUGGUUUUUUGGUGGAGUGGAAAGCAAAUAAUAGCUUGUGCGAGGAGUGCAUGAGGUCAGGGGGACGAUGCGGUUCCAAUGGCAUUUCAACACAAUUUGUUUGCUACUGCCCUAAUGGAACUUCUUCUUCGUCAACCUACAGUAAUCCUCAUAGCAAUGAAUAUAAAAAGGGGCUUAGCACUGAAUCUAGAAAAUUGCUUGGCAAUAAUAUGAAAGAUGAUCAAGUUUAUCCGCUUGGCAUCUUCGGAACAAUAAUAACUUUAACGUAUAUAAUCCGCUUCUGCAAAAGGAAGAGUGAUGAUGAAAGCCUAAAAAAAAUUGAAGCAUUCAUAAGGACUAAUGGAUGCAAUGCUACCAAGGUAUAUACUUAUUUGGAUAUAAAGAAAAUGACCAAUUCAUUCAAAGACAAAAUAGGUGAAGGAGGUUUUGGUAGUGUAUACAAAGGAAAACUGCCUGAUGGAUGCCCAGUAGCUGUGAAGCUAUUGAACACAAAGGGGACUGGAGAAGAUUUCAUAAAUGAGGUUGCUAGCAUAAGUCGAACUUCCCAUGUGAACAUUGUUACUCUUAUGGGGUUCUGUUACCAGAAGAAAAGAGCUUUGGUCUAUGAAUUCAUGCCUAAUGGAUCGUUAGACAAGUACAUAGGCAACAAGGGGUUACAAAAUAUGAGUUGUCUGGCGUGGAAGACAUUGUACCAGAUUGCAAUUGGCAUUGGUCGAGGACUAGAAUAUCUGCACAAAGGGUGUAAAACAAGAAUCAUGCACUUUGACAUUAAGCCUAAUAACAUUCUGUUGGACAAGGAUUUCACCCCCAAAAUCUCAGAUUUCGGCCUGGCAAAAUUGUGCAAGAAAGAGGGGAGCAUUGUAUCGCUAUCAGAAUGUGGUGUUAGAGGAACAAUAGGAUACAUUGCUCCAGAAGUUAUCUUCGGAAGCAUUGGAAAUGUCUCACACAAGUCUGAUGUUUAUAGUUAUGGCAUGACAGUUAUCGACAUGGUGGGAGUAAGGGAGAACGUACACGUUGGUCAGACGAGUGACUUAUAUUUCCCGAAUUGGAUAUAUGAGCAUCUGGAGCAAGGGUUAGAUUUCAGUCUUGAAGGCAUCACAGAUGAGGAGGAUAAAGAAAUGGCAAUGAAGAUGAUCUUGGUUAGUUUGUGGUGCAUCCAAACGAAUCCAGCAGACCGCCCUUCCAUAAGAAAAGCGGUUGAGAUGUUGGAGGGAAGCUUCGACUCCUUGCAGAUCCCACCAAAACCACAUUUCUGUCCUCCAACUGAUGAGUUUCCUCAGCAGUCCUCUACUUCAUCAGUUACCACAGAAAUCUGAGGCAGGAAAGGGUCCAUAAUGUAUCAAAUGAAGGAUUUUAAGUAUGUUAGAACAAAUUCGAUAAAUAUUCAUAACUCUCAUACAGAGUAUUAGAGUUGAAAUCAUCCAUUAAAUAA